AAUUUGAGUUUUGCUUUAGCUCACUGAGCUGCAAUCUCUACUCUAAUUCCAAACCACUCAGCUAACCUAAAAACAAAUAGUUUGUGGGCAAUACAGAGAGAGAGAGAGAUACGAAUCUAGCGAACGAAAUGCGGGUCCUUCUCCUACUCUUCCUCCUCCUUCAGUUUCAUCUCCGCCACUCCACCGGCGCCGGCGCCGGAAAACCACCGGGCGUAACAGAGCAGGCGGCAUUGCUAUCUAUAAAGGCGGCUUUCACCGCCGAUUCUCAGUCCACUCUUUCCUCAUGGAACAUCUCCACCAGCCACUGCACGUGGCAACGGCUCACGUGCGACUCGCUCCUUCACGUGGUUUCGCUCGACCUUUCCGGCCUCAACCUCUCCGGCGUCCUCUCGCCGGAGGUAUCCCAACUUCCCUCCCUUGUCAACCUCUCCGUCGCCGCCAACCAGCUCACCGGCCCCGUUCCGCCGGAAAUCUCCGCAAUCUCUACUCUCCGUUUCCUUAAUCUCUCCAACAAUAUCUUCGGCUCAACUUUCCCUCACCAGCUCGCUCAACUCGCCAAUCUCCAAGUCCUCGACCUCUACAACAACAAUUUGACCGGUGACCUGCCGGUUGAAGUCUACAAAAUGACCGGUCUCCGCCAUCUCCACCUCGGCGGCAACUAUUUCACCGGUCGCAUUCCUCCAGAGUACGGAAGAUUCCCUAAUCUCGAGUAUCUCGCGGUUUCCGGUAACGGACUCAGUGGCGUGAUACCUUCGGAGAUCGGGAACUUGACGAAGCUUAAGGAGCUCUAUAUUGGCUACUUCAACGCCUUCUCAGGUGGAAUACCGGCGGAGAUAGGGAACUUGUCUCAGCUCAUUCGCUUUGACGCCGCUAACUGUGGACUAACGGGAGAGAUUCCAGGGGAGAUAGGAAAACUUAACAACCUGGAUACUCUGUUCCUUCAAGUUAACGACCUUACCGGGUCAUUAACGCCGGAAAUAGGGUUUCUGAAGAACUUGAAGUCAUUGGAUCUAUCCAACAAUGCGUUCUCUGGUGAAAUACCGGAAUCCUUCGCGGAGCUUAAGAAUCUCACUCUUUUGAAUCUCUUCCGGAACAAGCUUCACGGUUCUAUACCGGACUUCAUUGGGGAUUUUCCUGAGCUGGAGGUGUUACAGCUAUGGGAGAACAAUUUCACAGGUAGCAUUCCACAGCAGUUGGGCGAGAAUGGUAAGCUUCAAUUUGUUGAUAUCAGUUCCAAUAAAUUGACCGGAAAUAUACCCCCAAAUUUGUGCACUGGAAACAAACUUCAGACCCUAAUUACUCUGGGAAAUUUCUUGUUUGGUCCCAUACCGGAAUCUCUGGGCCAGUGCCAGUCAUUGAAUCGGAUUCGGAUGGGCGAAAACUAUCUCAAUGGCUCGAUUCCUAAAGGGCUUUUGAGUUUGCCUAAGCUCUCACAAGUUGAGCUCCAAGACAAUUUGCUCACUGGUACUUUUCCGGAGAUAAGUUCCAUUUCUUCCAGUCUUGGGCAGAUUAGCCUUUCCAAUAAUAAUUUGACUGGGCCAUUGCCAUCCAGCAUUGGAAAUUUUGCCGGUGUGCAGAAGCUGCUCUUAGAUGGGAACAAGUUUUCAGGCCACAUUCCUGCCGAAAUUGGGAAAUUACAACAGCUUUCCAAGAUGGAUUUUAGCGACAACAAUUUGUCUGGUACCAUUGCACCGGAAAUAAGCCAGUGCAAGUUGCUGACUUUCGUUGAUCUCAGUGGAAACCAACUCUCUGGUGAAAUUCCGACUGAGAUCACAGGCAUGAAGAUAUUAAACUACUUGAACCUGUCCAGGAAUGACCUGAGUGGGAGCAUUCCAGAGUCAAUGGCUGCAAUGCAGAGCCUAACCUCUGUUGAUUUUUCAUAUAACAAUUUAUCUGGAUUGGUUCCUGGUACUGGUCAGUUCAGUUAUUUCAAUUCAACUUCGUUUGUGGGCAAUCCGGAUCUCUGUGGCCCUUAUUUGGGGCCUUGCAAGAAUGGUAUUGUUAAUGGGUCUAAUGAAUCCCAUCAGAAAGGGGGUCUCUCACCAUCUUUGAAGCUUAUACUUGUUGUUGUGUUGCUUGUGUGCUCGAUUGUGUUUGCUGUUGCAGCAAUUAUUAAGGCUCGAUCUUUAAAGAAGGCAAGUGAUGCUCGGGCAUGGAAACUUACUGCUUUCCAGCGCUUAGAUUUUACUUGUGAUGAUAUUUUAGAUUGCUUGAAGGAGGACAAUAUCAUUGGGAAGGGAGGUGCUGGUAUAGUUUACAAGGGAGCGAUGCCCAAUGGAGAACAAGUAGCAGUGAAAAGGUUGCCAGCCAUGAGCCGUGGCUCUUCACAUGAUCAUGGGUUCAAUGCAGAAAUACAGACUCUUGGGAGGAUCAGACACAGGCAUAUUGUCAGAUUACUAGGUUUUUGCUCAAACUAUGAAACAAACCUUUUGGUUUAUGAGUACAUGCCAAAUGGCAGCCUGGGUGAAGUUCUUCAUGGCAAGAAAGGUGGUCAUUUGCGCUGGGAUACGCGGUAUAAGAUAGCUGUAGAGGCUGCAAAGGGCCUUUGCUAUCUUCAUCACGAUUGCUCACCCCUCAUCCUCCACCGUGAUGUAAAAUCAAACAACAUUCUUUUGGAUACUAACUUUGAAGCUCAUGUUGCUGAUUUUGGACUUGCCAAGUUCCUGCAAGAUUCUGGAACAUCAGAAUGCAUGUCUGCCAUUGCUGGUUCUUAUGGAUACAUUGCUCCAGAGUACGCGUACACACUCAAAGUUGAUGAGAAGAGCGACGUGUACAGUUUUGGGGUGGUUCUAUUGGAAUUAGUGUGCGGGAAAAAGCCAGUUGGGGAGUUUGGAGAUGGCGUCGACAUAGUCCAAUGGGUCAGAAAAAUGACGGACGGGAAGAAGGAAGGAGUUCUCAAGAUCCUCGACUCCAGACUAUCCACAGUCCCCAUUCAUGAGGCAAUGCACAUGUUCUACGUCGCAAUGCUGUGUGUGGAAGAGCAAGCCGUGGAGCGCCCAAAGAUGCGUGAGGUUGUGCAAAUGCUAACAGAGCUCCCCAAGCAGCCCCCCGGCACCAAACCGGAGGGCACAACAACUUGUGAGUCCUCUGCACUAGAGCCCCCCGGAACUGGUACUAGCGACGCAAAAGACCACCAACAGCCACCACCCGAUCUUCUCAGCAUAUAAAAAUCUGUACGACUACCUCCCUCCCUCCUCCUCCUCUACCUAGUUUGUUCCUUAAGUAGCUGUAUUAUCAAUUAUGCUUUGCUUUCUGUUUAAAUUGGGAGUGGGAUUAAGUAUUCUGGGAUUCCCUCUAGGACUUCAACCUUCUAUUUCCUGUUCUAGUUUUGGCUUGGUUGUACAGUCGGAUUGGUGGUAAUUCCAGUUGUAGUAGUGGUAGUAUAAACUUGAAAAGUUGAAAGCAUCAACAUCAUGGUUAAUUAAUUAUGUGCAGCAUUUAAGUGUCU